CUCGUUCAAAAUGGCGGACGAAGUGUGCCUUUUACAAAGUUGAGAAAUAUCUAACGAAAUUUCCCUUUUUACGAUGUCAUACUUUGUAAUUUGUGAAAAAUCUGUUUUCCAGUGCUAUGUACUUUCUCACUGAAUGAAACUAGCGGUUUCCUCUGUUUACAGAAGACACAAAUUGUAUAUUUUCUACGCGUUAAAAGCAUCUAGCGAUGUCAUAUCCAACACCAUCGAUUUCACAUUUGAAAAGCGAAGACUACCAGCUCAUCUAUGAACCAGCUGAGGACUCGUUCUUGUUGUUGGAUGCCUUAGAAAAAGAUGCGCAAUACUUGAAAGAGCGUAGCCCAAGUCUUUGUGUAGAGGUUGGAAGUGGUUCAGGUGUAGUAAUUACUUUUCUAGCAAGCAUCCUUGGAUCGUGUUGUUCUUAUAUAGCCACAGAUAUAAAUACCAAAGCAACAGAAUGUACAAAGCAGACUGCUUCUGCCAACGGAUAUCUAGUUGAUGCUAUAGCAACAAACCUUGUAGAUUGUCUGUUGCCAAGGUUACAUGGUCAUGUGGAUGUUCUGAUAUUUAAUCCACCAUAUGUUGUCACUCCAUCAGAAGAGGUUGGUAGUCAAGGCAUAGAGGCUUCUUGGGCAGGUGGUGAGAAGGGAAGAGAGGUUACAGAUAAAUUGCUACCAUUAGUACCAUUAUUGCUAUCAGACAAUGGAUGUUUUUAUAUUGUUACUAUACCAGAAAACAAACCAGAGGAAAUUAAGGAUAUUUUGUGUAAUACCGGUGGACUGAACUGCGAUACAAUCAUACAACGAAAAGCUGGCAGAGAACGACUAUCAAUAUUAAGAUUUUCGCAUUAAUAAUUGAGUCUACACGCCACACUGUCAAUAAUACAAUAUGGAGAGAACAUUCACCAUAAAAUAGUGCACAAACACUAAAACCAUGAAAAAACUUUAGCACAGUAGAUAAAUAUGCUAAAUUGUACUGAAUUAUGUGACUUUGCAUUUCCAUGAACUGCAAGGGGUCUAAAUGAGGAGACGAAUUCAUUGUUUUCUUCAAGGAUUUUUAGUUGACAAAUAAAUCUAGUAUUCUUUAAGUUAA